UAACCCAACCCUGAUCUGUACGUCUCCACAACUUUGUCCCUGACCUGUUUGGAGAGCUCCUUGGUCUUCAUGGUGCCGCUUGCUUGGUGGUGCCCCUUGCUUAGUGGUGUUGCAGACUCUGGGGCCUUUCAGAACCGGUACUGAGAUCAUGUAACAGAUCAUGAGACACUUAGAUUGCACACAGGUGGCCUUUAUUUAACUAAUUAUGUGACUUCUGAGGGAAAUUGGUUGCACCAGAUCUUAUUUAGGGGCUUCGUUGCAAAGGGGGUGAAUACCUAUGCACACACAGCUUUUCUGUGUUUGUUUUUUCACUUCACCAAUUUGGACUAUUUUGUGUAUGUCCAUUACAUGAAAUCCAAAUAAAAAUCUACUUCAAUUACAGGUUGUAAUGCAACAAAAUAGGAAAAAUGCACGGAACUGUCCUGGUUGGUGCAACGCCAUUAUUGAUGAUGACUUAUUAGGGAAGACUAGAGACUGCUCGUCAUCGGAAGUGCUAAAUCACAAGCCAUGGUGUUUCGAGUGGGUCCUAGACCUGUAGACAUACACUGCUAUGAUGGAGGCAAUGUGGACGUUUUCUGAAUUGUUUGUCAUGGACACCAUUAAACACCAAUGGGCAGUCGGGAGGGGGGAUGCUAUUGCUAUUUUAGAUACAGUAGAAAGACAACAAACGGCCCAUCUUUGGAGUCAAUGUUAAAGUGUGGGAGGAGGGCUAUGAUAUUGAUGACUGACUAUGAAUCUAGCGUGUCAACAAGUUGCAUGUCCAUGUGAAGUAGAUUUGUCUAGGAGAAAAGCAUAGUUAUGAAGGACUAUUAAUGUACACGUAUAACCAUGUCUUUAUGUAGUGUGAUCGAUGUAUGCCUGGCGAAUGUAAACCUAUCGAAGAUCCCGGCAUUUAUAUGUAACAUCAGUACAAACCUUGACAUACCAUUUUUCAUCUGUGUCAUUUUAUUCAGCGCGUUGCCUCUUGAACAAUGAGACGGAAGAUUAGGGGGGGGGCAUAUGGAAGACUUGGGAGAAUUACAGGGGUGAAUAAUGAUGGUUGUGCAUACCACUCGUAUCUAGAUCAAAUUGCGUCCCGGCACGUAUGUUUUUGUGACAUGCAUCAGUGGUGCUCAUCAGACAUUAUCUGCUCAGAGUUUCCAUCACACUGCAACACAUACAGUAUGUGGAUUGAAUGACCGAUUGAGAGAGAGAAAUACAGAGAGAGAGCGUCGACAAUGCUUAAUAAUCAACGUGUGUGGGGUGAGAUUUUCCUCGUAAGAUGUUUUCUCCCCUUCUGAUUGACAGGCCAAUAUCUGCCUACUUAAUACAUCUUCAUCACAUUUUGGGGGUCCUGCUUCCAAGGCCUUUUCACAGCCUGUCAAUCAGCUCUCCUAGAUCACGAGUGUCAAUGCCAUACUACAGAUGGGAGAGAACUGGGGCUUCAGAUAGACAUGGCUUCCAACCGCCUUCCAUUCAAUUCUCAUGGUUUAGAAGGGGGGUGGUGCGAAACUCAUUCCAUGCUGAGCCGAGUGUCUGUUGAUUCUUGUUAUUUUCUUUCAAUUUGUGUCCACUUUAGACCUAGACAACCAGGUAAGGGGAUUUCCUAACUAAUCCGUGACCUUAAUUGAUCAAUCAUGUACAAUAGAGGAGAGAACCGCAGACACUCGUCCCUCCAUGAAAUGAGUUUGACACCUGUGCCACUUGUCAGGAUACAAAGCCAGCAUUUUGCAUGAUUCUACAUGGGCAUAUUAUGAGAGCCUUGUGGCCAGCUGUGAAGGAAAGUACCUGCUAUAUAUAUAUAUAUGCCAUUUAGCAGAUGCUUAUUUCACAUUUGCAUAUGGUGGACCCAGCUGGAAUUGAAACCACGACUCUUGACGUUGCAAGCCCCCAUGCUCUACCGACUUAGCUGCACAGGACCAAACUGAAUGGUGAGAGUUCUUCACUAGCCUGCUGGGUCUGACAGAGGAACACUUGUUACUCCUACUGGUUGGAACUACUCCAGUUUGGACCUGAACAAAGAUGGAGAAACAGAUGGAUAAAACAAACUUGACUUGCGUGACAAUCUCUCAAAGCCCUAUCAGUGACUUCCUGAUGGGCAUCUACAUCCUGGCCUUUAUCCUGGGCUUGGCCUUUAACCUCUUGACCCUUGGCCCCAUCGUCCAGCAGGUCCGCAGCCAGAACGUCCUUGGGGUAUUCCUGCUCAACCUGUCCCUGUCUGACAUACUCUAUAUCCUCACCAUGCCUCUCUGGAUCAACUACUACCACCAGGACCACCACUGGAGCCUGGGCAGCCUGUCCUGCAGCGUGGCCGGCUUCUUCUACUACUCCAACAUGUACCUUAGCAUCUACCUGCUGUGCUGCAUCUCUGUGGACCGCUGCCUGGCCGUCACCUACCCCCUGAGGACCAAGGCCUUCCGCAGCAUACGCUACGCCUGGGUGCUGUGUCUGGUUGUGUGCGUGGCUGUCAUGUCCGCACACGGCCUGGUGCUGUUCAAGGACAACCUGCAGGACGCCCACGACGACACGCAGGACCGCUGCUACGAGACCUACCCCAUGCCAAAGCCCGUGGCCCUGUUCAACCUGCUGCGGGUGGGCAUCGGCUUCCUGCUGCCCCUGCUGGUGCUGGGGCUCUGCUACUGGAGAAUCCUGGGCCAGGUGAAGCAGAGCGAGGGGCUGGGGGAGCAGGUUAAGAGGAAGGUACGGCUGCUCUCCUUCGGGGUGAUGGGGAUCUUCUCUGUGUGCUUCGCCCCCUACCAUCUCCUCCUGCUGACCCGUUCCCUGGCCUACUACUAUAUGGGCAGAGAGAGGUACUGUGAGUUUGAGGAGAUCAUGCACUUCCCCUUCUCGUGCACGCUGGCCCUGUCCAGCCUGAACAGUGUGGUGGACCCAGUGCUGUAUGUGCUGAUCAGUAACGGGGUGAGGGAGGACAUGAGACUGUGCUGCUGUGGGAAUAGAAAGAGUCAAAGGGAGAGAGACAGUUCCGUCAUCGCAGUAACAUGGAAGACACAUACAAACAUGAAAUGAUUACAUAGUGUUUGUGUGCAGGGUUGGGUAGGUUACUUUCUAAAUGUAAUCAAUUACAGUUACUAGUUACCUGUCUAAAAUUGUAAUCAGUAACGUAACUUUUGAAUUACCCAAACUCCCUCUCUGUUACUUUUGGAUUACUUUCCCUUUAAGGGGCAUUAGAAGAAGAUGAAAAUUAUCCAUCAAACGCAUUUGGUGUGUCAUCAUAGUGAUCCCUGACUCGCUCAGGUGGAACAAACGGAUGCUUUUUCAAUACUGAAUUGAAUACCAUUGAGAAAACAACAUCCUUUCUGAAUUUAAAAGUAGUCUAAGAAGUAAUCUAGUUUUUCAAAAAUAUCUGUAAUCUGAUUACAAUAUUCUUGCUGGUAACGUAAUUGAAACAGUUAGUUUUUUUGUAAUCAGAUUACAUGUAACUGAGCGUGUCUGUUGUAUUUAUGCCCUUCAUCUACUGCAGUAAAUCCCUUCCGUGUACAUUGUAAAAAAAGGACAGCAGGUUUGGCUGUGGGACUUCAAUAACAUGUUCUUUCAUAUCAACCCACUUCCAUGGACAAUCAGUCAAUCAGGUUGUCCUUAAAAUGUUCAAAGAACAGGACUGCAGCCUUUGUGUAGUUUUUCUAAUAUCCUGCUUGGUGAUGAGGGUGGAUAUUCAUUCAUAUGCAUCAUGUUCUUUUUAAUUGGAGCUUUCUCUUAAUGCCUGUCCUCAUUGGUAUGGAAAAUCCUUUCAAAGGCUGUCUGUUCUGGCUUUAUGUUACAGGGUCGUUCCGCUUGAAGGGCCCUUGUAUCUCUUCAGGUCUGCCAGAGGUUUUUGUUGAUAUUUUGUUGGUUUACAAAUGAACCUUUUAUAUUCUAAUUUUCCUGCUUUGUGGACCGACAAAUGAGAACAUUGUUCAAUUUCGUAUUUAUCCUAAACAAAAUCUAUGUAGUAAACUGGUGUUGAAAUCCCAGAAAAUACAGUACGGGACAAUGAAGACAUGUUGAGAAUGUUCAUCCAAUAAACAAAAAAGGAAGCUACCCA